AUGAUUGAUUCCAGUUGCUUAAGUUCUCCAUCUCUCAGACUCUGCAACCUUACAGAUCCUGAGUUUGUGUGUCGUCAAUGCUCACCCUUUUCGUCACAAGCUAUCAGCAACGAGGAUUUUGAUAUUCAAUUUGUUGAAGAAACCAUAGUUCCUGAGAUUAAAAAUGCUAUUAAACAAGACAAAAAAUCUAAAUUCGAAACAUUACCUACUCUAUUCCGUUUAAUUAUUGAUAAUUUCCCUCAAGAUGGUUCAAAUAUUGUCAAGAACGAGAUUUUUCCAGCGAUACAAUCUACAAUAAAGUUUGGUGGCGCAAGGAAGACAUCAGAUCUGACUAAGUUAGCCGUUGAAAUUGCUUCAGUUAUCCCCAGAUACUAUCGAGAUGAUAUUAUUUCCGACUUAGUUAUGAGAUAUUACUUGGACGAAGAUCCAAGCACAAGAAAUUUGGCCGUACAUCUCAUUUCCAUCGUCAGAGACUUCUGGCGAGUCCAACCAAUUCUCAAAAUUUUAUCUAAAGAUAAAUCAAAUCUUGUACGCGCAUCAGUCCUAAUGAUAUUACCAAACUGCAUGUGCGAUGAAGAUACGGUUAGAACCAUUAUUAGUCAAGCUGUUUCUGAUUCUAACCCCGGUAUCCAACAAAUUGCAGCUUCAAUCAUCGGAAAGGUUGCUCCAUGGAUGAUUGAUGAGUUCAAGGGUCUCUUGGAAAGUGUUACUACUGUUAGAUACGCGUUUCCUUCCCUUCCUGAAGUUAUUUCUCAAAAUUCUUUCGCCCAGAUUAUCGAUUCGUUUUUUGAGGCCACAAAGAUAGAUAAAAACGAUGCAGCCGUAGCUUUACUCGAAGCAGUUCAAGUUGCUGAUAUCAAUACCGAAGAGGCUUUAUAUAUCAGAGCUGCUUCAGAACUGAUUACAUUUACCCCAUUUGCAUGGCGACUUCAUGCUUUUUCCCUUAACUUUACUAACAAAAACGAUUUUGUUGAGCUAUUAGAUCCUUCAAACAUAAAAGAUUGGAGGACACGAUAUGCUUUACUCAAGCAAUGCGAAGAGUUCGUUCCUGAACUUGGUUCCCAACUUGUUAGACUUGCUGAAAUCUACUCAGAAGAUGAAACCGCCGUUAUUAGAAAAGAAAGUGCUUCUUUAUGGGCUUUGCUUGUUCAAUCGGAUUCAUCAUUGGAUUCAGAUAUGAUAGAGAGACUUAUGAGAGGCCCAUGGCAAAAGAGAAUUGUAUUAUGCAAAGUCAUAAAACAAUUUGGAACAAGUCGCUUUGCAAGAGUUGCGGAAAAGCUUAAGAAAGAUGAUGUCGCUAUGGUUAGAGACUGUAUUACUGAUUUUUAA